ACAUUAAUGGAGUGCUUGAGGGCACAAAUGCAAGAGUGGACAUACAAUAAUAGAAAGGAGGCACAAAAAUGCACAACAAGGCUGACACCAUCAUCUGAGAAAAAACUCAUAGGGAACUAUGUACAGUCAUUGCGACUAACAGUGAAACCAGCAAACCAGAACCUGUUUGAGGUGAUAGAUGAAGACAGAACAAGAAUAGUAAACUUGAAGGAGAAGACGUGCACAUGCAAUAGAUUUCAAAAAGAUGAAAUGCCAUGUAACCAUGCAGUCGCCGUCAUGAAGGACUUGAACAUAAACACAUACAACUACUGUGCACAAUACUACACAUCAAAAGCAUGGCUGCAAACAUAUGAAGAAACAGUAUACCCAGUUGGAAACGUAAGAGAAUGGGAACUUCCAGAUUUUUUUGAAGAAAUCAUAGUGUUGCCUCCAAAGGAGAGAAUCAAGUCUGGAAGGCCGAGGAAAAGAAGAAUGGCAGCAGCUUGGGAAACAAAGAAACAAAACAAGUGUGGCAAGUGUGGACAAAAGGGACAUAACAAAAAGACCUGCAGAAGAAUUACAGCAUAGAAGUGGAAACAACUACACAUCAACCAAAAAACAACUAUAUUAAAACAUUUAGAAAACACAUACUGCAUAUUACGAUUGGUUGUUACAUACAUUUUUUUAUUGUGAUUUUUUAUGUGGAGAGAUAUUGAUAAUAGGGAAUUGGUAUUAUUAUCAUUAAUAUACAAAAGAACAUCAAA